CUAAUCCAGGCGCAUUCCCGUCCCCCGUCUGGGGCCGCACCGGGCGCGGGUGACGCCGGGGACGAGCGCGUCGUGUGGGGGGUCCCGGGGGUGUCGCGGGCAGCAGUGCUCCGCGGGACGUGGGCGUCCUCGGGGUCUUGGUUUGAGCCGUGCACAGGGGGAAGGCGUGCAAAAUCUCGCUUUUGGAGGAGGUUGAGGGGCUCUGACUUGCACCCGAGUUUAAUGUUGAAUGGAGUUUGUGUGCGGAGCCCUCCCGCUUGGAGUGGGCGCCCCUGCCCGGGGGCACAGCGGGUGCCGGGAGCAGGGCGCAGCCGCGGCGGGGGCCCCGCGGGGACAGCACCGGGCUGGGCUGCACUUAAAUCAGGUUCAGCUCUGGGUUUUGCAAAAAGCUGGUUGCGUGCAAAAAGCAGACGCGGCUGCAGAGCUGCUUUGUGCCGCUCGAGGGGUGCGGAGCAUCCGUCCCGGCUCCCUGCCCGCUGCCGGGAGCAGCGCCCGGCCCGGCCGGUGCGACGGCUUCUGCGCCGCUUCCCGCUGCGCGUGCUCGGCCGAGGGCUGCGGGGCGGCGAGCUGGGUGCCCGGCGGCCUGUUUGCGCCGGCCUCGGUGUGAGCCGACCAGCGCGUUCCUGCCGUGCUGCAAUUUUGGGGAAAAGCGUUGCAGUGAGGGGGGGAGCAUGCAAUUUUCUUGCAGGGCGCAGCUCGCCGCGCGCUCCCCACGCCGGGCACCGGACCCCGCGGCCGGGCCACCGCCACGCGGCCUUUCCCGUCCCCGGCCGCCGCUAGUGGCCACUGCCGCCGCCGGCUGCCGGAGCAUCCGCGGAGCCAGACAGUCCGCGCAGCAAGAUGGCUGCUCCCGGGCUCCCGUGAGCGCGCGGGGCGCCCGCCCGCCCGCCGCAGGCUUUGUUCCCGCGCCGGCCUCGCCGCCCCGGGCGCCCGGCCGCGGGGGCUGCAGCGGCGUGCCGGCCCCAUGCGCCCAGCGAGCCGCUCGCCGGGGUCGGGGGGGCUCUCGGCGCUGCUUUUUGAAGGGGGGAAAUUUUUUUUUUGGCUUUGUUUCAUUGGGCUGCUAUUUUUUUUAAUUUGAUCUUUUCCUAUUUAAAAAAAAAAACCAAAAACCCGGGAAGUUUGCGAGCCCCUCGGCCCCGAGCUGGCGGCAGCGCUGGAGCGGCAGCGCUUUUGAUGGAGCGAGUCCCCGAUGCUGUUGUAGGUGGGAAGGGCUGUGGAGCCGGUGGUCCGCGGGGAGGGACGGGAGCCCCUCGCCCCCCGGGUGCUGGCGGGAUGCAGGGGCUGGGACAGCCUGGGCGAGUGCAAGAGCAGGCGGCAUCCCCCCGCUGCGGCCCGGGCUCCCUCCGGCUGUCCGGAGCGCUUGGAGCUGCCGGCGGAGGAAGACCCCGGGAGAGGAGGCUGCAGCCGUGCCCGGGACCCCCGGGUCCGCGCCCUGGGCGCUCGUGGCUGCAUCGUGGCGAGGAGGUGCUGCCUCGGGCAGGCUUUGCUCUUGCAAGCAAACCACGUAGUUGCAUUAAAGAGAGUGAAGGCAACACGGGAAGGGAAUCCACGCUCCUGCUGCACGCCUUGAAAGCUUAGUGUUCCCUGUGGUCCGGAAGAAAACUCCCAUCUGGGCUGGAGUUUCUCUUCCUUGGACACACGUAGUGGCUGGUUGGAGCCAAGCGCUGGGCUUGCGCCGUCCUCAUCCAGCCUCCGGUGCUCCUGGGACAGCAGCUGGUCCAGAGCACCUUGACGUGCACCCAAAGACGCCCGGCGCCCCGGGAUUCGGGCUGGACCCUUGGGGCACCGGUCUGUGCCCAGAGCGGGUCGUUGCCGUUCCCGGUGCGAGCGGAGAGGCGCGGGACCCAGCGUGCCAAGGGUGCCGAGCAUGCUUGGUCCGAACGGGCUGCGCGGGGCAGAGCCCCUCUGUGCCGCCCAGCCAAGGAGCCCGUGUUUGCCGUCACUGCUGUCCAGGCCCUUCAUGGUGCUCGAUCAUGGAGCAGCCCUGCCUCAGUUUACCCAGCAGGUCAUGACUCAAAAAGAGCUGAGCGUCCUCAGAGCAUUAUUCUUCUGUUUUCACUCCCGGGAGGUUCAGUCCCGCUCCUCUCUGCUUGCCGGUGAAGCCGUUACCUUGGCCGUGGCCUGGGGGACACCAGGACAUGUCCCUCUGGCUCCCCAUCCAGGGCGCUCCCGGGUCUUCCCGCCCCGGAUGAGCGAGCUGCUGGUACCGUCCGGGCUGUGCUCAGCGUGCCCGCAAUGUCCCCGGCCACGCCGUGCCGUGCAGCUCUGUGCCACCAUGUGCAGUGUGGCUCGGAGCUCACUGCGCCCGCACGGGAACCGUCCGGCCCCCGGGAGCAGAUCCCUGCAGCUCUGGGAGUCUGCGCUGCUCUGACUCCUCAGUCAUGAGGUUCUCAUGAUGACCGUGGUAACGGCUUUAGUUCUUGGGGGGGUUUGUUCUUAAAUCCCUUGCAAGUCUCUCAGUGAGUUAUGCUGUGAGAAUUUCCUGUCUUGCAUUGGUGACUUGCUGCUGAAUAUCCUUUUUUUUCCCUUUUCCUCCUUUUCUCGGUUCUCCCUCUCCUUCCCCACUCUGUGCUGGGUUCUUCCCAUCGCCUUUAUCAAGAUGAAGUUUGGUUUUUUUCGAUCCAGUUCAUGGAAGAAUGCAAGGAUCGGGCUGAGUGGGGCUUAAGUGUGUGCAUGGAGUUUAGUGGGUGCUUAAAUACUUUUGCUAACUGGUUUAGAUGUGCUUUGUAGUCUCAGAGUUUCAGUAGAUGCUCUGGGAAGUCCUGGCUUUCCCUCUUCCUUCAUGGAGGGUCUCUGGCAGCAGCUUUUGGCCUCUUCCAUGCAGUCCUGGAGAAGGCGGCUGGCCGAAGCAGGUGCUCGGUGUCCAUGCCCCGAGGCUGUUGCGGUCAUGGGCAGAUGCCACCUUCCAGAUGGAGAUGAACCUGGGAUCUGCUGGCAGGGCUCAGUGUGCAAGUUCUCCCUUGACUUCUUCAGUCGUAAUAGUUGAAUUUCGGGUUGUAGGUCUCUGCCAGCCCAGCUGGCUUUGACUGAAGCAGGAGGGGAGCGGUGGCACAGAGCAGCUUUUCUGGGAGAUCAGAGGAGCCUCUGACAUCCAACAGGAAUAACAUGGGUCUGGGCCAGGCUGGUGGGCAGCAGUUGUGUUGACCAGCGUGUGCUUUGCAGAGGGCACUGUCUGUGCCUUUGGGAAGCCAGCCUAGACAUGGCAAUUUCCCGAGAUAAGGACAAGCAAGGAAAUAAUGACAAUACGCACAUGCAUGCGCGUGCGAACCCAGGCAUGUGUCCUUGAGCUGGUCCUCGGCCUUUAAGCCAUCCGCACUCAGCCCAAGGCCUCUGGGCACGAGCCAUGCACAGCAGCGAGAGCCGCUCCCUGGGGCGUUGUGGAAAGAGACCCAAAGGCAAUGCGAGAACCUGCCUUUGGCCCCCUUUCAAGGCGCUCCAAGCCCGGACGUGUCCCACCAGCUAGAACAAGGUUUCUAGACAGACGUACGGGAGUCUGGGGCCCGCUGCACCCCAGGGAGUCCGGGAGCGAUGAGUGAGCCCCGGCAAUGCGAUGCAUUGGCCGUCCCUGGCUGUCUGGAGAAUCAAGUGUUUUCUCCUCGUGGGGCUAAACACUCUGAUUUUUAGACGUUUUGUCAAAAAAAACAGUUUUGGACCUUCCAUAUCUUCCGAGCAUCAGCCGCAGCAUGAAGGUUUGGUCUGAUUGGAAGUGAAUUUAGACAACCCUGUAAUUUAAGAGAAGGGCCAUGUGCGCACGUUAGUCCCACCGCUGGUAUCUGGAGCUGCUGAUGACGGCAAAAGAGGAGCUCGGCGGGAGGUCCUCCCGCAGCGCUGGGGCUGUGGCACUGUCCUGCCUCCUCGGAGCAAUCCUGCCAGCAUCAUGCCAUCGUUAGCAGACAAGAGUAAAAAAAUCAGCAAAGACUGAGGUUUGCAAGGGCCCUAAUCCCUUUCCCCUUGUGUCUCUUUCAUCUCCAGUCGAACCAGGAAAGUGGUAAUAGACCUUCCUUACUAAAUUAAAUGUAGAGGCUGCUCUCCAAGGAAAGUUUCGGUUCAGCCGUAGUGUUUGAUUUCCCAGCCACAGCAGUAUGGUGCCUCCAGGGAAAAAGCCAGCUGGGGAAACGUCUAAUUCCAAUAAAAAGUGUAAGCGCUAUUUCAAUGAGCACUGGAAGGAAGAAUUUACCUGGCUGGAGUUUGACUAUGAGAGGAAACUCAUGUUUUGCGUCGAGUGUCGCCAGGCGCUGGUGAAGAACAAGCACGGUAAAGCGGAGAACGCCUUUACCGUGGGCACGGACAACUUCCAGCGCCAUGCCCUGCUGCGGCACGUCACCUCCGGCGCCCACCGCCAGGCGCUGGCCGUGAACCGGGAGCAGCUGGCCUUCGAGGCGCGCGUCCACGGCCGUCCGGAGCUGCACUCGGUCAUCAAGGUGGAGGUGAACCCCGCCAAGAUCGCCGUCCUCACCACCGUGUACUGGAUGGCCAAGGAGGAGAUCCCGGACGAGAAGUGCUCCUCCCUGCUCGAGUUCCAGAAGUUCAACCUGUGCCAGGCGCUGCUGACCUCCGAGCACAGCGACUAUUACCAGCCCAGCAGCGUCAGAGAGAUGCAGGCGGCGAUCGCCAAAGUCCUGCACAACGAGGACAGGCACAGGAUAAAGGCGUCGCCCUUCGUUGGGCUGGUGGUGGACGAGACGGUGGACGUCACGGAGCGCCGCAGCCUGGCCGUGUUCACCACCACCGUCUGCCCCUGCAGCGGGCAGACCUCGGCCGCCUUCCUGGGGAGCUUCGAGCUGCCCGCCGGCGAGGCCUCCACGGCGGCGGGCAAGGUGGGCGAGGUGGCGCGCUCCUUCGGCAUCCCCGCCAUGAAGAUCACCUGGCUCAGCGCCGACAGCGCCUCGCUGGUGGCCGAGCGGCUGAGCGGGGCGGGGACCGCCCUGACGUCCCUCUGCCCGCUCCUGGCGGAGAUGCACUGCCUCUCCCACGGGAGCAACCUGCUGCCGGCCGAGAGCCUCGUCACCGUCGAAUACCUCCAGAAGUACGAGACUACUGUGGAUGCCGUGUACAGGCUCUACUCCCGCUUCAAAGGGGAAAGCAGCGGCCUGCAGCAGCUGCGGAGCGUCCUGGACCGCUGCGGGAUAGACCUGGAGAGCCCCAAGGCCGUGCACUGGACUUCUCUCUUCCCAGCCGUGGAAGCCCUCGACGCCUCGUGGCCCACGCUGGUGCUGCUGCUGGAGCGCGAGGCGGAGCGGUCGCCCGCGGCGCUCGGCCUCUGCGAGGAGCUCAAGAAGUUCCAGUUUGUGGCCUUCACCAAGAUCCUCCUGGACGUCCUCCCCAUCUUCCAGAAGCUCAGCCGCUUCUUCCAGAUCGACGACUUGGACCUCUCCAUCCUCAAGCCCAUCGUCUCCGCCACGGCCACCUCGCUGCAGGCCCAGAAGAGCGCCAGCGGGCAGAACCUCCAGGAGUUCCUCGACGAGGUGAACGAGCACCCCCAGGGCGACCGGGAGGGCGAGAGCCGGCUCUGCUACAAGGGCGUGCAGCUGGCCAACUGCUCCGAGGCCCACCUGCAGCGCUUCCAGCGCCUCAAGGAGAGCUACCUGGAGAGCGUGCGGGGCAACCUGCUGCACAGGUUCCCCAGCGGCGUCCUGGAGGCCGUCAGCUCCUUCUCGGCUAUCUUUAACCCCAAGUGCUACCCCCAGGCCCUGGAGGACAUCGGCAGCUACGGCGUCAGCGAGCUGAACUUCCUCUUGCAGGCGUACUCGCGGGUGGUGGUGAGCGAGAGGGCCCUCGGCGACUUCCCCCUCUUCAAGCGCGUCGUCUUCAGCCUCGGCCAGCUGUCCUUCAGGGACCUCUGCGCCAAGCUGGUCUACAGCAGCUCCGAGAUGCACGAGCUCUUCCCGGACUUUGCCGUGCUCGCCGCCAUCGCCCUGGCCUUGCCGCUGGGCUCCGUCCUGGCCGAGAAGGUCAGCCGGGGCCGGGAGCUCCUGAAACGCGGGCGGUCGCGCCGCGCCAGGGACGAGGGGCUCUCCGACCUCAUGAAAAUCGCCAUCGACGGGCCGGCCGUCACCGAGUUUGACUUUGCGCUGGCCGUCGAGUACUACGAGAGCAUGCGGGAGCCCGGCUUCCUCGUGGCGCAGGUGAAGUGAGCGGCGGCGCGGGAAGGCGGAUGCGGGCGGCGCGGCCGACCCCGACGGCGAUGCGGGCGCCGGGUGGCCGAGGGCGACCCGCUGGGUGCUGGGAAGAAGAAACGGGACCCUUUCACCGGGCUGUGGGUCCCGCUUGCGCCCCUCCUUUCGCCCCGAAACGCGUGUUUGCGUUGCUGGAAUUGAGAGCCCUUGGGGGAGGUUUCCUGAUGGCUUCAACCACGUUCUUCAAUUCCAAAUUGUGACGAGUUUUUCCCAGGGGAGAUGAAAGCAAAUCUUCUCGCGAACUCGGAUGUAACAUUGCCUUUGCACAAUGACACCCAGCAGCUUUUACUUAAUACUCUGCAAAAAUAUCUGAUUUUUAUUAUCUCGGAGCCUCGAGAAGGAAUGCAGAAACGGCAGCAUAUCUUUCUAGCUCGGUGGCAAAUCCAAAAAUGCCUGGCAGUGUCUUGUUGAUAUUCCUUGCACACAGCACAAAAUAUUUUUAGUGUUGGAUCCAAGUCAUGAGCAUUUCAAAAGCAAGUCAUUUAGGGAAUGAUACUGUAAUCACCAAGGAAAUAGUAACUUUUAAAUGCAUCGUUGUGUAUAUAUGUGUAUGUACAUAUAUAAAUAUAUAUAUAAAUAUAUAUAUAUAUAUAUAUAUAAAAGAUCUAUCCUAACUUUCCUAGUGUUUAAAGUACAAAGAUAUCUGAAAGGACCUUUUGUUUUUCUUUGCAAUGACAGAAUAAAUUAUAAACAGGGGUCCAAAAAAGAAAGCAAAGAGAAUUCCUUGUCUUUUCAGAGCAGCAUCGUGUACCUAAGCUCCCUUUGCAGUAUAAGCUCUCUGCAGUCUUGCAACCAAAGAAAGUCUUUUAACGUUGACUUCUGGGACAAACUUGAGUUCUGUUUAGUUUAGGGGUGUUUUUUCCCCCCUUUUAAACGUUCCCUCACCGUGGAGCGAUCGCAGCCUGCUCGAGCGGUGUGACGGGGCGACGCGGAGGGCGCGAGCGCCGUGGCCGAGCCUGGACGGGGUGUUGCAUGGCGUCUUCUGCGGUCCUUCGCGGGCUCCGCUCUGGUUUGCUCCGAGAGGGCGGUUCUCCGUGGUUCUGUGGGGUGGGAUGAGGAGACCCUUCCUACUGAUCUCAAUUUGCAAUAAAGUCGAAACCUGAGACUGAA